AUGACGGAUGCCGGUGUCAGUAGUAAAUUCCCUCCCUGAUCCGACACAGGUCCGGAGAGAAGAAUUUACAGGCCGAUAAUUACGAUCCAGUGCCUUUCUAGAGAGUAAAUACUGCAGAGGGUCUGGCGGUUUAAGAAUCGCUCUUUAUUGAAAAUUAUUUCCUGCCUGUAAUACCUUUAAUACCUACUCGUCGUUGCAGUUCACUUGAUUAUUCCGAAUGUUUCAACAACUCUGCAACUAUGGCGUCGCCGAAUGUUAAUUGUUGUUAACUGAGUAAACAAGUUUAUUUUCCUUCGCUUCUGUUUCGCAUCAAAUUUAAAAAAACCCGACUCUCUUUCGUAACAAUAAAGAAAAAUAGUCCGAAAUUCUUUAUAUGCGAAAAUGAAUGCAGCGUUUCAACAAAAACUUGAAACAUUUAACGAAUUUCAUAUAUUUGCAUACCAUCUUUCUCUGUUCUGCUGAAAGAUGAUACAAAUAGGAUUUGAAGAACUGUAGUUUUGUAUAGUUAACGUGACGUUCCUAAAAAGGAAUCCUUCGGGAUUCCUUAAGUAGAUUCAGAAAAUUCGAGACAUUUGGCAACGGAGUUCAUUAUCUUUUGAUCAGACUAGAUCAAUGCAUUGUUUCGGUUGCUUCUCUUCACGCCACGUUCCACACGAUUUUCCGAUGUUUUUUUUAACAAAGUUUUUGAUCCCGAGAAUCAGGAUCAAACGUUCAGUACGAUGUAGGUAGCGUUUUCACGUUUCGGAUUUUUUUUUUUUUUUCUUUUGCGAGCGGGACAUUAUAGAUUUUUCUUUGUUCUAAUUGCAGGAUGCUGGAACGACAGGAUUCCACUUGCACCGGUUAAAAUGAAUCGUAGGGAGGACCCGCUGUUACGGCAGCAUCGCAACCGCUUGCUGCAAUUAGCCGAGGUGACAAACAUCAAGCCUGGCCGUGGCAGCGGGAAAAGACGUGGCCAGCGGCAGUCGCACGGUUUUGGACCCAGCAAUGGGGGGCCGAGCACUGGCGGCCGCGUCACCCUGCAGGAUAUCGUUCGAAGCGAUCCUGGAUACACGCCAAACAUCGAGCAUUUAGUUUUCCCGGAGCGCAAGAGCAGCAACCCAAAUUUGGCAAAGAGCGGCGAUGAAUCGCCGCAGAACAAAUCCAAGUCGAACGCAACUACCUCGGGCAGGUCCAGGCUCGCGGAAGUGUUCUCCAGGCAUUACUCGAGAGGCUCCUCGCAGGACUCCUCCAUCACAUCCAGAAAGAAUCAUUUGAACAGCACGUCGCUGGACAGCGGAGGGACGGUAUCCCAUCAGGCAACAGGAUCGAGCGGAGCGACGGUGGUGACGAGAAGCGCCGGACGUCGUUGGUUGUCGCAGAGCUCGCAGUCAUCCAGGCAACAUUCGACCGAGGACGGGGUACGUGGGGGCAACGUGGGCGUCAUAGGGCCCGUUUCGACCUCGUCCUCAAGUCAGGCCCCUGCUCCAGCCUUGCCGCCUCGUAGAGUCAGUCCAGCCGCGAAUUCUACCGACAUCUCGAAUACAGCCACUGGCUCCCGUAGCGACAGAGGGCAAAACGUGUCGAUUCUACAUUUACGCAGCACGUCGGAUCCUUGGGAGGUUGGCUCACAAGGUUCUUCGUACAGCGUCGGUAGCAAUAAAAGUCAAAGCGGCGGCAAAGGGAAAUCAAGUGGAAAUGCACGAGGCUCGUAUACACGUGGCACAUCGAUACCGUCGUUGAAACGCCACGAUACAACGGCAUCGGCGUCAUCGACCACUCGUCGACGAGAAUCCUCGAAUUCGUUCCUGUCGGGUAACAGCGGCACCUCCGGCGAACUUUUCAUCAGCGGCGACUGCAGCAGGGAAUUGUCGCCGGUCCGAUGGUGCGACAGAGAGGUGGACGGUGUUUACUUGGGUCGAUCGGGUUGGGUUCAGGUACAACAAAGAUCCCUGGACGAGAACCGACGGAUAAACUAUGAGAGUAGCUUGGUAACGGCGACCACCGGCACUUUACCGUUGCCGAGACGGGCCAUGGUGAAAUUGGCUGACUAUCACUGCAACAGCGAACCAGGAAAAUGUCCCGAAGAAUUUUUACGAUUGGACAACCAGAGACCGGACUAUCUGGCUCUGCAUGGUCAGGACUUCGAGUCCGUAGCGAGCAGCACUUGCACGUCUCCGCACAGUAUCCCCGAGUCUUACUCUCCACCGUCGAUCACCCCGAUAAUCUCACCUCCGCCUGCUUUCCAAGACGUGGUCGGCAAAAAGACCUCCUCGAAACAUUCGUCCGGGCGUAACAAUUACGGAAAGCCGCCGUUCUUACCACGGUCCAACGCUAUAGUCGACAGUGACAUCAUCAGUCCUCCGCCUUCGCCUCCGCACCAAAUGAACUGGAGUUCCUUGCCAGCUUCCUCCCGGAAGUCGUCGAGCAUGCCAUCACAGUUCGUUCAACGUUACCUGGAGUCGUCGAGCUCGUCCUCGUCGUCGGUAGGUUUCAGAAGUCUGGACAGCUGCGUGACGAGGGCAACGAUGCCGAGACUAGCCGAGAACACGGAUUCUUCUGUAGAGGGAUACGACGACGGUGACGACGAGGACGACAAUCCCAGUUCCUCUUUGAAUCUAAGCCUGGUCUCUUCCUCGAUAAUAGCGCUGAAUUCGUCCACGGAGUCUAUACGCGCCAACGGAGAAAGAAUUUCGCCAAACAGACAGAGCCGUCAUCAUAGAAGUCAACAGGGAUUAAGAAGAUCGCCCGGGUCGUCGGAAUCCGGCAAGUUGUCGUUCAAUUCGCCCUCCUCCUCCUCGUCGUCGUCGAGCAGCGCGGAGAGACAAGGCAGAUCUCCGAUACCGAAUGCUUUCAGGCGUAGCAACGCCUCUAGACAACAUCAGAGCGCUAGGACGACGCAAGCGUCCCCAGAUUCCCAUCAGUCACGAGUACGAAGAUCCAGGAGCCUUCAAUUACCCGAGAAGAGGUCUCCCAGCGCCGCGGCACCGAGCAGGGAACACUCCAGGGAAUCUAACGAGCCCCACAGAGUCGUCGUAAAAAUUUCCAGCGAUCGAGGCAACGAGAGGAAACGUCACGUUCUCCAAAAUAGAAAAGCGCAGUCAACCGAGAACGCGUUAAACGAGGAGCUUCUACGUGAGACCGAGGCAGUAACCGAGUUCCUUUACGGCACGAGGAGCCGUGCAAUGGCUAGAAGUCUUCUCUCGUGUCGCUUCGAGCGUCGCGAUGACAGCCAAGAGCAAAGACAAAGGAACAAUCCCAACACCUACGACGUUUACUUCAUCUCGUCUAAGCAGCAACAGUCCGCGAAAUCAACAGGCACGUCUAUGCAGCAACAGCCGCAACAGCAGCAGCCGCCGCCGCAGCAGCAGCAGCAGCAACAGCAGCAACAACAACAACAACAGCAACAACAGUCCAGACGACCAAAGACGCUUCAGAGAGGUGCAACGACCCCGAACGCGAAUCCCUCGUCGUCGAACCACGACUUUUGCGUCAGUCCCGACACGAAGCUACGUUGCAACAGCAGCACAUGCGACUUCUGGCCGCAUUGCUCGCAAAGAGACACUUUGUACUCGCCUAACCAGGCACCAGUGUUUAUGAAGAUAUCUCAGAGCUAUCCGGCUCAUCAAAGACUCCCCACGGACGCGAACAGAGGAAGCGCCAGCUCGUCCCCAGCGUCGUUGGAGCGAAUGGACGACCGGGAGUUCCGUGAUCGCGAGACUUCCCGAAAGAGUCGAGCUAGCCGCGAUCAGAGCAACAGCAACGCGUCCAAGUAUCAGGAAAGACAGCCGAAAAGCGUGUUGAAGCAGCCGAAUCGAUGGUCGCCGCUCGAAGGAUCGAACGGGAACGGUUCGACCGUGGAGAAGAGGGAAUAUCACCGAUACUAUCAGAAGCCCGAAUUCACCGGCAGUUUCGAGGGUUGUGAAAAUAAAGAUAGGAAAGUGUCGCCGGUCCAGGGGAAGAAUAUCGUGAACAGAUCUCCGAGCGGUCAGGUCGCGUCCUCGUCGACUACAUCGUCGUCUUCUAGCAGUGACAUUUGGGUCACCACGUCCGAUCGGACGGUGACGAAAAGUCCAAGGAACGCAAAAAGCUCCGGGGCGUCUACUCCUAUGGAGGAUGCGGUGAUUGGUUCGUUGAAGACGCUGAUGGAACCGCCGAAAGAUGGAAUGCUGUCUAGGCCUGGAAGCGCCCCGACUAGAGGAGAGGAUUCUCUCACGGGGGACGUCUCCUUGGAUCCUCAUCAACGGUCUCUCUCCUUGCCAAAGUCCUUUCUCGCGCACAACGGUCCAUCGAACGCACGUUUGCCAUAAGAGCGAUAAAUGAACAGAAUACGACGACUCGAUCGUCAGGACGUUUCGCUUUACCUCGUCGUGCCGCAUUAUCCGGGACAUCUAUCGCGAAACACGUCGUAAAAAUGUCAUAA